UAUUAUUGGUUUCAUUUUUCCAAUGAAUAUUUUUUGAAAAUGUGGCCAACACUAUGGGAGCACAAAAAUCUAACAAGAGUCUCAGAAUUCCAUCUCCUGGGCUUCUCAGAGGAUCGACACCUGCAGCCCAUCCUCUUUGGACUCUUCCUGUCCAUUUACCUGGUCACAGUGCUCGGGAACCUUCUCAUCAUCCUGGCCAUCAGUUCUGACUCCCAUCUCCACACACCCAUGUACUUCUUCCUCUCUAACCUGUCCUUUGCUGACAUCUGUUUAACCUCUUCCACUGUCCCAAAGCUGAUUGUGGACAUCCUAACUCACAGAAGGGUCAUCUCCUAUGCUGGCUGCCUGACACAGAUGUCUUUUUUCAUCUUAUUUGCAUGUAUGGAUGACAUGCUUCUGACUGUGAUGGCCUAUGACCGGUUUGUGGCCAUCUGCCACCCACUGCAUUACACAACCAUUAUGAACCCUCGCCUCUGUGUCUUGUUAGUUUUGCUCUCUGUCUUUGUUGGCCUUCUGGAGUCCCUGCUGCACAAUUUAAUUGCUUUACAAAUUACCUGUUUCAAAGAUGUGGGAAUUGCUAGUUUCUUUUGUGACCCUUCUCAACUCCUUGACCUUUCAUGUUCUGAUACUUUAAUCAUAACUGUACUCCUCUAUAUUUUUGGUAUCAUAUUUGGCUUCAUUCCCAUGUCAGGGACUGUUUUUUCUUACUAUAAGAUUAUUUCCUCUCUUCUGAAAAUCCCCUCAUUGGGAGGGAGGUGCAAAGCCUUUUCUACCUGUGGUUCUCACUUGUCAGUUGUUUGCUUAUUUUAUGGAACAGGCCUUGGAACGUAUCUUGGUUCAGCCUUGUCAUACUCUCCCAGCAAGGGCGAGGUGGCCUCACUGAUGUACACUGUGGUCACCCCAAUGCUGAAUCCCUUCAUCUACAGCCUGAGGAACAGGGAUAUUCUUAACACCCUGAAGGGGCUCCACAGUUGGAGAGCCUAA